AUGGUGUCGAGGACGCCCGCGAAGCCGCCGCCGUCGCCCAGGCUCGGCGCCGGCUCCGGGAAUGCCACCCCGCCGAAGCCGUCGCCGUCGCCCGUCACGCGGCGCCGCCACGCGCUCCACCGCCGCCUGUCCCCGGCCACGACCAAGCGCCGCGGGAGCCCGCUCAAGUCCCUCGCGUCCGCGCCCGCCGCCGUCGCCGCCACCUUCGACCGCUCCCUCCGCUCCUGCCGCCGCCGCCUCCUCAAGCUCUUCGCCCGCCUCGCCGUCCUCGGCUCCCCGCGCAAGCGCCGCGCCGCCGCCGCGGGGUUCCAGCGCCUCCGCUCCGCCUCGCCUCCCGCCACGCCCCCUCCCCCGCCCUCGCUGAACCCCGCGGCCCGCGCGCAGCCCGCCGCGCUCCCGCCGCCGCCGUCUCCGGGGAGGCGGACGCUGUUCCUCGACCUCGACGAGACGCUCAUCCACUCCCAGACCGACCCGCCGCCCGCGCGGUUCGACUUCACCGUGCGCCCCGUCAUCGGCGGCCAGGCCGUCACCUUCUACGUCGCCAAGCGCCCGGGCGUCGAGGCCUUCCUCCGCGCGGCGGCGGAGAGCUUCGAGGUCGUCGUCUUCACCGCGGGGCUCCAGGAGUACGCCUCCCUCGUGCUCGACCGCCUCGACCCCGACGGCGAGGUGUUCGCGCACCGCCUCUACCGCGGCGCGUGCCGCGACGCCGGGGACGGGAGGCUCGUCAAGGAUCUCGCCGCCACCGGCCGGCCGCUGGACCGCGCGGUCAUCGUCGAUGAUAACCCCAAUGCCUACGCCCUGCAGCCGGAGAACGCCAUUCCUGUGGCGCCGUUCGUGGACGAUGACAACGACCAGGAGCUGCAGAGGGUGAUGGCGUUCUUGGACGUCGCUGCCGGGUACGAAGACACCAGGGAGGCCAUCAGAUAUUACCAGGAUCUUGUCACGGCAAGCUGAGCCGCCGGCUUGUGCACCGUGGAGAAGGUGCCCCUUAUGCGUGCCGUGCCUAUCAGUUCUUGAAGCGGUUUCAGGUUGAAAGAUUGCUCCUUGGUCUCAGAUUGGUGCACUGGUUAGUGAGGUAGAGAGAUUGCAGCAGAACAGGAGAUGUGGUAAGACAGGUAGAGCUUCAAUUUUUCAGGAUCUUCCUGAAUUUGGAUGCAAAUAUAUUAUGAUGUAGUUGGAACUUGAAACUAAACUGAAAUUGAGCACAAUGCUGAGAAACUUUGUAAGUUCAAGAAUACUUUCAUUUCGGAUACAUGAGCAUGCAACUGAGCGUUGAGUACUGCACUUA